AUGCCGAAUACAGCACCCAAUUCUCCACUUAAUGCCACCAUCAUCAACAUUCAUUCACCCAGUGAAGACACAAUGCAUUCAAAUGAUCGAUUGUCGGUGAGACGACAAUCCAACUCCACGAUACAACAAUAUAAUAUAAAGUUGUCCCCUAAAGCAGAAGAGUAUCGAAAAAUGAUUCACCAUAUUGUGGGCAAGUUAUACAGAAGAAAAAGGCCGCCCUCAUCGUUAGUCUAUUUGAGCAGUCUUUGUCGUGGAGAGAAAACAGAAGAACAGUUUGACAAUGAUGACACAAUAGAUCUGCUGUUUCAACUGCGAUCGGCACUAUUCAAAACUACAGAAUUUGAUAUUGUAUUGAGUGUUCUAAGUGAUAUCUUAUUGAAUGACAGUCGAUUCAAAACACCUAAUCCCAGACCAUCACGCCCUUCGUAUUCCAUGCAGUCAGUUUUGGUUGACAUUGGCAACCUACUCAUUCAGAUAGGUCAUGAUUCGAGCACUUUAUACCAUGUAGGAACAGAGUUUUUACCAGCCUUUGAGACAUUCUCCGAAGGACAAAUGCUAGGCAAACUGCUCGCGAUGUAUUUGGAUAACUUGCUACCGAAACUCAUGUAUUUGAAAGACAAUCCGAGCUCCUACACAAGCAAUAGACAAGAUCAUCAAGAAGUUGACAGACAAGAGGAAGCACAGAAAAAGCCCAAGGCGGAACAUAAUACACCAACCAUCAAUAUUCACAAUUCACAGACGGAUGAAGUCAAAAGUAUUUCAUCAAAAAUGGCUCAUCUUACCAUUGAUACGCGACCCAACAUCGUGAACGCAGCCAGCCCAUUGUCGCCCUAUUCUCCCGGUGGGCACAGUAGUGUGAGCAGCUUGCAAUAUUUUCGAUUGGACAGCCAUCAUGCCUAUGCUCUCUUCACCCCGCUGCUGGCUUUCAUGAUUGAGAAUCUAGAUCCUUACUUGGCUUUAAAGUCAGACACACACGGCUUGAAGGAUGAUUUUUCGAAACAUUCAUAUACCCAUUACACACACUCUAUAUACAACUUUCAUCGUGCCAUUUCGUAUUUGACGAUAUGUAAGCCUGAUUUCUAUAUAGACCUUUUGGAUAUCAUCGCGCAAGGCACAUCAGAGAUGAGGUUCAGAGCAUGUCAAAUCUUGUUUCACUAUUAUCCUAUCAGUUUGGGCCAUGCAGUCGUAGCAGAUACGGUGCCUUUUUUGAGCGUACAGGAAGAAAUUGUCAUUUUGGACAAACACUAUCAAGAUCAAGAAUUCGAAGAGCAACAGCAACACCACUACCAGCAGCAGCAGCAGCACACCAACGAACAUACGUGGUACCCGCACAUGUUUGAUACCAUCACCGCUCCUGAAAAGCAAUCUUCCGAAACAGCGGAUACCCAUCGUCUUAAUAAAGCCAGUCUGAAUACAGACCCUACUUUUGUCUACAAUAAUAUGAGCGAACCUUUCUGUAAAGAAUGCUUCAAGCGAAUGGAAGGCUUUGGCUUUCGUUGUCACCAAUGCCAUGCCAAUGUACACUACCAUUGUUACAAUGAUACAGUGCUGAUAGAUUUAAGUGAUCAGAAUAUCAUGUCUUAUAUUAAAGCAGGUGGUAUCCAGAAAGUGGUUACCCCGCUUUUUUCAAGAAUACCCGUCUCCCUAAGAUCCAAAAAUCGUCUUUUUGAUCACGGUGCUCGCCAUGGGAGCGUAAAGACGAAUUCAGUCGAGGUGGCGCUGCUCGGACACUUAUUUCAGCUUGUGAAUACAAGCACUCUCUUACUCUGCGCUGGCUGCAGUUUGCCUUUGUGGGGCCUGUGUCAUCAAGCUUACCGCUGUUCUGAAUGCAAUCGCUUCGUUCAUCCUCAUUGCUUGGCGUACGCCGAGGAGACAGGCUACUUUGCCAAAAACAGCCAUUUUCAAACGUGUACACCCUUUCAGCCGUUGUUGGAAAGCGAGAUACAAAUCACGACAGCCGCCUUGUCGGAAAGCUUGGUAGAGUACUAUGGGGACGCGCUGUUGCUCGAUAAGCUGACGUUGGAAAAGAAAACUGCGGACGAGGUAGGUGUGCUGCUGAAUAUCUUUCAACUGCAAGAGUCCAUUCUCCAUUACGGUGUGGCUGCUGGUUGCUUAUCUAUUGUCAAUGCAUCAGAAAAAGAUCCACUUAUUUCCUCUGCCACCACUGAGCAAUACCUACAAGAGGGCGGCUGCUCCAGCAGCGGUGAUGCUUGUCAUGGCGAGAUUUCCUUUUGUCCAGUGCUCGCUGACGCUAUCCAACGCUGCAAAGACUACCUAAAGUCGGGUCAAUGUCAACCUUCAGUGUUCUACAAGGAUUUUACUGGAACAGAGGAUGCUGAAGAUGGCUAUUUUCUGAACCGCGAAAAUUACUUAUCUCACUUGACGUCGUUGAUGAAAUGUUUGACGGAUGCAUCCCAUCCUGCAAACUCACAAGCGUCUACGGGAGGAACGUCCCCAAGAGCAGCAGCAGCAGCAGAUAAACCUUCUUUGUCCAGCGGUGACGCACGAGGAUUUUUACAAGUCACCAUGCCGCCUUUGGGUGGUGGCAGUCCCAGUGGUGGUCCUAGUAUGUGGGAUAUGGACGACGAUCAAGGGGAUGAAAACCAAGCACCGAACGAAUCUUUAGAGAGGUCUAUGCUGUUCUCGUGGAUGAUGACCGUCUUGGGAUUCAAAAGCGAAAAAGCAACGGAAAUCUUAUUACAGCACAUGCGCAAUCUUGGCACUUUGGAACGUUUCGAUGGCUCCCCUAUGCUUUUCCAACCUGCCAGGCUGGAAAAUACGGCCGCUCUUUCUGAAGACAUGGAGACAGUGCAGUGUAUUUUUCCCGUGCCCUACGCUGUGGAUGACUCGCCUCAAUUCGAAGCUGUUCUAUCCUCGAUCAGCGCCUGUUUACAAGAUUUUGACUUAUCAAUGAACGAAUGUGGAUUGUUGCUUCUCGUUCGUCGUUGUUGGCCAAGCGCAUCGAUGUCUCCCGUUUUACAGGAGCGAUUGAUGCAUACGAUUGUAUCGUGGAUUUUCAUCGAAGACACACAGUUGUUGAUGCUUCACGCUGAGUACACGUCUACCAUGAAACAUCAUUCUGUAUCACGCGGCAAAAAUGACAACCGAUGGACUCAAGCGGCCGUCUUUUCGAAACUGAGGGGUGGUGUGUUGCACGGAGCUACUGCUGCUGAUCGCUAUAAAAGACAAAGUAACCUUCACCCUACAGCAGGCAUCAGUAGCGGUUUUAGUAGUCUGUAUGUCACAACGCGUGCUGCAUUACGAGAUCGUUACGUUAUGCAGUGGAUGGCUGCUAUACAUGAUAUGGACAAACACUUUUACAGUGAAACACUUUUCACCAUUGUAGACAACAUUGUUGACAACGAACUGGAAGAUGCUACACUUUUCAAUGAGGAAAACAGCGCAGAUGUGAUCAAGGAAAAAACACCUGUGGAUAUACGUAGUUUAGCAAAAUUCUGUGCUUAUAAAGCUCUCAUACAAAAGGUCAGCCCCAAAUCAAAUAGUUCGUUGGCAGACGUAGCGAAUCCUAUUGAUAUCAUUAUGGUACAAUUCGAGAAAAGUGACUCAUUGAGUAUUGUCCGUGGUAUACGCUGGUUAUCUCUUUUGACACAUUCAGGAACGGGGAUUCCCUCUAAACACUUGGCACACAUGGCAAGACUGAUGGUUGCUGCGCAAUCACCCUUGGAUCUCAUAGCUGAAUUUGUCAAAAUGAUGUGGUUUCAAGUCGUAAAUUUGAUGAACGUAGUCACUCCACGAAGCACAGUCAUCGAUGUCGUAAGUUAUUUGAAUGAAACGGCAUUGAUGACUGUGAAAGAAAGCAACGAAAACCAGAAUUUAUCGGACGAAAGCCUGUUGACCGCCCAAAAAUUUGUGAAAUACUCUGCGGCAUUAACCUGCUAUGCUUUUGGCUGUCCUUUGAAGCAUGUGUUUGACAUGGGUAUUGUUCCUUUAGUAGUGAAUCAAAGUGGCAACACGAUGUAA